GGCCAGAACGAACCAGAGCCAAAAUUACCCGUCGAUUUUACAAUAUCCUGACCGCUCACUCCUUUCUUCAAAAUUUCUCAGCUGUCGUCACGUAACCACCGGUUCAUGGCCGGCGCGUGGUAUCCCAUCGCUCGGCGCGUGCUCGUUUCCACUGUCAUCGAGCUGACCAGAAGCAACUCCCGCGCCGGAGCUUCGUUUCCGGUCCGGAUAUCCGCCAGGAGCCAUGGCGUAUCCACUUGUGAAGAGCGAGAGGCACCUCUAGGACCUUCCUGUAUUUUCGUCGGACCUAUUGAGACAGCUAGCAAAGAAACCUUAGAAGCCCUCUACCGCCAGGCACGUGAUGCUUAUUACAGUGGAAUGCCUUUAAUAGUUGAUGAUAUGUUUGACAAAGUAGAGUUAAGAUUGCGGUGGUAUGGUUCAAAGCAUGUAAUCAAGUAUCCCCGCUGUAGUCUCAGGCGGCACUCAACUUAUGCUGAUGCAGAGUUAAAGUCUCUGUACCUGCCAUGGCAAAAGGAGAAAGAAAACAUUAUGGAUGUACACGAAGAUCCUUCACAGGUGUUUGCAUUAGCAAGCGUAUGGUUGUUGAUUCUUGGGUUUGGGAGUUCAUUCUUGAUUGUGCCUCUAAUCUGCACCAUCGCUCAAGCUUAUCAAGACACAUUUGAUUCAGGAAUGCCCUACACUGAUCAAUCUUUUGAGUUGUUUACCAUUCUCAAUGGAAUCCUUUUUAUGGUAUUGGGAUCUAUCAUAGGCUUUCCAAUUGCUUCGGCCUCAGUUGGAGCACUUCAAGGACUUUGGAAAAAUGACUUGGUAGCGCUGAAAGGAGCAUGCCCAAACUGUGGUGAGGAGGUGUUUGCUUUCGUGAAAGCAGAGAAAUCCAACCAUUCCCCGCAUAGAGCUGAUUGUCAUGUUUGUGGAAGCAGAUUAGAAUUUCAAACCAAGCAAUCCAUCUCAAGACCUGGCAGACGUUGGGUUUAUGGUCGCGUUUACUUAAUUAGACAGAGGCAAAGAUGGGCGUGAUAAUGAUGUUGGUUGAAUUCCCCUCAGUUAAUCCUGAUGAUCACGAAACGUUAUGUACACCUUCUUAUCAGUCACAGCCAGUUCGCCUUCGUGUGCUAUCUCCAUACUAAAUAGACUUGGAAAUUAUACUGCAAUCGGUUGAAAAGCUGUUUGGGUUCUUAAAUCCAACUCAACGGCAUGUCUUACAUCAUGAAACAUUUACUAGUACAAUAAUAGAAGAAUUCAUCCCAGAUAUUUAGAAACUACAGUGUAUUUGCUCAUGCUUGGAGAAAAUGUAGUGAACAGAAUUGUUUUUAUGAAAUGAAAAUAUCUCAUUUGUCUA